CGGCAAUAUUCUAAUUGUACUACACAGCAAUUGCACACGAUUGCAUGGGCCAGUAUUAUCCGGCAUGAUAGUCACAUCUGACUAGUGCUAGUAUCCUGCCUCAGCUCAUACUCAGAAUGGUGGAUCCCAUCAGUGAGGCCAAUCCUCUACUCAAACGGCCACUCUACGUCUACGACCUACCAAUAGAACUCCUCCAAAGCCUCACUCUUGUUGAACACCAUUCGACGUCAUCUUCCGCCGAGGAGAAUUCUCAGCCAGGCCAGGAAGUCACCAAAGGCGAGUCUGCCGUAGGCUCGACCUCAUGUGCCCUAUGCAGAGUUAGCUUCACAAAUGUGCAAGACCAGAGACAACAUGUCCGAUCCGAUUUCCACAAAUAUAACCUCAAACUAAGCCUUAAAGAAUUACCUUGCGUCGAUGAAGCGACAUUCGUCAAGUUGAUCGGAGAUUUGGACGAGUCAAUAUCUGGAUCGGAUACCGAGGAUUCGGAGGAAGAUGAAGAGGCUCAGAACACACCUGGCGAUAGCAUACUGAGUGCACUUUUGAAGAAGCAAGCGAAUCUACACUCAAGCGGGUUGGAAGAUGUUGACCACAAGCCCGGAAAGGUAGGGCCAGGCAAUGCGCCGAUGAUCUGGCUUUCCAGCCCCAAGCUGGGCGAGAAUAUUGGGCUUGGGGUUUACAAAGCGAUCUUGUCCAAUGCCGAACAAGAAGAUGCGUCGUCGACCACGGUUGACAUUCUUCGGCGGAAGCAGCUGAAACCCACAAUGGCCAAACAAAGCGGAGGGGCUAAGGCCAUACCAAGACAGCAAGAUCCGCACUUUUUCCUCUGCAUGAUCGGUGGCGGACAUUUUGCAGCCAUGAUUGUUUCUCUUGUACCUGAAAUUCGAAAAGGCGCUGGUGGCGUUGAAGAACGUCAUGCCGUGGUAUUGGCACACAAGACGUUCCACAGAUAUACGACUCGACGAAAACAGGGUGGAUCUCAAUCGUCCAACGACAAUGCGAAAGGGAAUGCGCACUCUGCUGGAUCUUCAAUUCGAAGGUACAACGAAAUGGCGCUGGAAACUGAUGUUCGAAAGGUGUUGGGAGAGUGGAGAGGUAUGAUCAAUACUGCAGAACUGUUGUUCUUUCGAGCGACAGGUGCAGCAAAUCGCCGGACAUUGUUCGGCCCAUAUGAUGGCCAGAUGCUGCAUAAGAACGACCCCCGGAUUCGUGGGUUUCCAUUCAGCACACGUCGAGCAACACAGGCAGAACUUCUUCGAUCGUUUCAAGAAUUGACACGGUUGAAAGUGGGGAGAUUGGUAGAUACAACAUUGGAAACGCGACCACCAGAGAAGCAGGUCGCCAAAGAAACCAAGCCCAAAGCCACGGGCCCUGAACUUACUAAGGAAGAGGAAGCUGCCAGAUUGCACACCAGCCAGCUACAGGCCCUAAUACGACGGUCCAAGGCGCCUGGAGUGUUGCUUUAUCUAACGAAGAAUGAAUUAUCGGCUGAUUUCAGGUUCUGGCCCGAAUCAGAACAUCAUCACGCGCCGACAGCACUGCAUCUAUCUGCGUCAACGAAUUCGCCGGCGCUAGUCUUGUCGCUUCUGACAAAGGGGAACGCAGACCCUACGGUUCUCAAUGGCGAUGGCAAGACAGCAUACGAGAUUGCCGGGGACACGAAAACGAGGGAUGCGUUUCGAGUGGCACGGUCACAGCUUGGAGAAGGUGCUUUUGACUGGGGCGCAACUCAUAUACCAUCCGCACUGACCCAAGUAGAGUAUGAGACAAAGAACCAGCAAGAGAAGUCGGCCUCUGAAGAUGCAGAGGCACAAAGGAGAAAAGCAGAUCUCGAGCGACUUCGGCGGGAGGAGGAAGAGCGACAUGUAGGAAGGAUAGAAAAGAAAGCAGGUCCAGGCAAAUCUCUUGCAGACAAGACGGGCGCUGAAAAACGCGAAGAAGAGGCUCGUGGCCUCACACCGGAAUUGAGGAUGAGGCUCGAGAGGGAGAGGAGGGCGAGAGCGGCGGAGGAGCGCAUCAAGCGGAUGCAAGCGAGUAAAUGAUAGACAGUGAAUCGAAUGACUCGAAGGUGCGAUUGCG